UCUUGGCGUCACAAACUUUUUUCUUGCUUAGAUAUUUUCAUCUUUCCUUCCUUUAACACAAUCAUCUUCUCCACGUUACACAUUGCGUUUCUGCCUCCAUAUUUUCUUUUGCCUCUUCAAAUUCUCUAAAUUAUUUCUCCAGUAUCUGGUUCAUAACUGCAUUUAUCUAUGGUUUAAUUGAAUUAAUAACUUUUUUUCUAUACUCUGUACCCGUCAAUUUAGGUACAGUUUCUGUUUUCGCAUCAUUUUUUUGGGAUUUUGGCUCUGAUUUAGAGACAAAACAAUAAACGGUUAUGGAUCAAGAAGGAGGAUCAGCCGGAUCUUGUUAUUAUUCAGUUCUAGGGAUACGCAAUGAUGCCUCCUGCUCCGACAUUCGCUCAGCUUAUCGGAAACUAGCUCUGAAAUGGCACCCGGAUAGGUGGGCGAAGAAUCCGUCGGUGGCCGGAGAAGCGAAACUCCGAUUUCAGAAAAUCCAAGAGGCCUAUUCAGUUCUCUCCGAUCAAGACAAGAGGUCAAUGUACGACGCCGGUUUCCUUGAUAUGCUUGAGGAAGACGAAGGAAUGGGUGAUUUCCUGCACGAUUUGAUGAACAGAAUGGAUCAAAAUGUUGGGGCCGCGGAGGAGAGUCUAGAGGAUUUACAGAGGACAUUUGUGGAUAUGUUUGGUGGAGAUUUAGCUAAGAUGAUGGGUGAUGGAACUUCAACGGCAAAGAAGAGGGCACGUGAUUCGGGUUGCAGCAAAAGGGCUGCAUCAAAACGCAACAAUGUUACUAAUGUCAACUUCAAUGGCACCUGUUAGUUUUAAGCAAAAAUACAGAGAAGGCCUCCUUUUCCUCUCUUUGAUGUUGAUUUUUGUGGGGCUGAGAGGAAUUAACUUGUUUAUUUGGUGGUAGAUUAGGCAGAAUAGAACCUUUUUUAGACUUUUGAUUUCUAAGGAACAAGUUGUUCAAAUGUGGGUGCCGUUGAGUUGCGUAAUAAAAUGUCUCUUUGAUUAAUUAAAUUA